GAAGUUUCAGGAAAUGCAACAGCUCUCGUUAGCGUCCUGCUAGCUGCUGCUGUGCGUACUUGAAGGUGCCUGAAGGAGUCGGACUGCUGCGCACUGUUUCACACGGUCAGGUGGCACCAUGGAUGAAAACAACCUGAGUGAGUCCAAUGUGAAGGUGGCUGUUCGUGUACGGCCGAUGAACAGGAGAGAAAAAGAGCUGAAGACAAAAUGUGUGGUGGAAAUGGAAGGAAACCAGACAGUUUUGCAUCCAGCCAUCACCGGCAUGAACAAAGGAGAUCCCCGGAAUCAGCCAAAGGUUUUUGCCUAUGAUCACUGUUUCUGGUCCAUUGAUGAAUCUCAGAAAGACAAGUUUGCGGGUCAAGAAGUUGUGUUCCAGUGCCUUGGAGAGAGUCUGCUGGAUAACGCCUUUUUGGGCUACAACGCCUGCAUCUUUGCUUAUGGACAGACAGGCUCCGGGAAGUCGUACACAAUGAUGGGCACAGCGGAGCAGCCUGGUCUGAUCCCUCGACUCUGCAGCUCGCUGUUCAACAGGAAAGUGCACGAGGCCCGGGAGGGGGAGAGCUUCACCGUGGAGGUCUCCUACAUGGAGAUCUACAACGAGAAGGUCCGGGACCUGCUCGACCCCAAAGGAAGUCGACAAGCGCUGAGGGUGAGAGAGCACAAAGUUUUGGGGCCUUACGUUGACGGCCUGUCUCGUCUGGCUGUGGCCAGCUACAAGGACAUAGAGUCCCUGAUGUCAGAGGGAAAUAAAUCUCGCACCGUCGCAGCCACGAACAUGAACGAAGAGAGCAGCAGAUCCCACGCUGUGUUCAACAUCAUCCUCACACACACACUCAUGGACCUGAAGUCUGGGACGAGUGGAGAGAAGGUGAGCAAGCUGAGUCUGGUGGAUCUGGCCGGCAGCGAACGUGCAGCCAAGACUGGAGCAGCGGGGGAAAGACUGAAAGAAGGCAGCAACAUCAAUAAAUCUCUCAGUACUCUUGGUUUGGUGAUUUCAGCCUUGGCUGACCACGGAGCGGGGAAGAACAGGAGCAAGUUUGUUCCCUACAGAGACUCUGUGCUCACCUGGCUGCUCAAGGACAGUCUGGGUGGGAACAGUCGCACCGCGAUGGUCGCCACCAUCAGCCCGGCGGCGGACAACUUCGACGAGACGCUGUCCACCCUGCGUUACGCCGACAGGGCCAAGAGCAUCGUAAAUCACGCCGUGGUCAACGAAGACCCCAACGCCAGGAUCAUCAGAGAGCUCAGAGAGGAAGUGGAGAAACUGAAGGAGCAGCUCACCGCGGCUGAGUCUAUGAAGGCCCCCGAGCUGAAGGACCGACUGGAGGAGUCUGAGAAACUGAUCCAAGAGAUGACGGUUACAUGGGAGGACAAACUCAGAAAAACUGAGGCUAUUGCACAGGAGCGUCAGAAGCAGCUGGAGAGUCUGGGCAUUUCCCUGCAGUCGUCUGGCAUCAGAGUGGUGGACGAUAAGUGUUUCCUGGUCAACCUGAACGCCGACCCUGCCCUCAACGAGCUGCUGGUCUACUACCUGAAGGAGCACACACGUGUGGGCUCGGCCAACUCGCAGGACAUCCAGCUGUGUGGGAUGGCCAUCCAAGCCGAGCACUGCGUCAUCGACAUCACGGAGAACAGCGGCGUCGUGCUCACUCCCCACCGCAAUGCUCGAACAUGUGUGAAUGGUGCUGUAGUCACCAGUCCGGUCCAGCUUCAUCACGGAGACCGAAUCCUGUGGGGAAACAACCACUUCUUCAGGAUCAACCUGCCCAGGCAUAUGGCGCACACAGGGGGUGAGGAUGAGGAAAGCGGGGCUGUGAUGAAGACCUGUUUGAGCACAGACCGUCUGGAGGUGGACUUUGACGCAUCCAGCGACGUGUCGAGCGAGCUGAGCUUCGGCUACGAGUUCGCCCAGGCCGAAGUGAUGAUGAAAGGCAUGGGCAACAACGACCCUUUGCAGUCCGUCUUACAGACCUUGGAAAGGCAGCAUGAGGAGGAGAAGCGCUGCGCCCUGGAGCGUCAGAGGCUGAUGUACGAACAGGAGCUGCAGCAGCUUCGCCAACGGCUCACCCCCGAAAAACCGAACCUCCUGGAUCUCACAGGCCCGCCCAAUAACGCUGCUGCUGCUGCUUCAGCCGGGUCGUUUCCUGGCUCCCAAAAACGCAUGCGGCGCUGGAGCGAGGACAGAGAGGCGAUGAUGACUCGCAGCCUGAGGCGUCUGAGGGAGCAGAUAGUUCGAGCCAACCUGUUGGCUCAGGAGGCCGGCUUCAUCGCGGAGGAGCUCAACAAGAGGACGGAGUACCUGGUCACUUUGCAGAUACCUGCUGCCAACCUGGACGCUAACAGGAAGCGUGACGCGGUGCUGAGCGAGCCGGCCAUCCAGAUUCGCCGAAAAGGUAAAGGGAAACAGAUCUGGGCUCUGGAGAAGAUGGAGAACAGGCUGGUGGACAUGAGGGAGCUCUACCAGGAGUGGAAGGACUAUGACGAAGACAACCCUGUGAUGCGCUCCUACUUCAAACGUGCCGACCCGUUCUUCGACGAGCAGGAGAACCACAGUCUGAUCGGCGUGGCCAACGUUUUCCUGGCCUGCCUGUUCUACGACGUCAAGCUGCAGUAUGCCGUGCCCAUUAUCAACCAGAAGGGAGAGGUGGCUGGUCGGCUGCAUGUGGAGCUGUGGCGAGGAACAGAAGGCUCUGAGGACAACAAUUCGGGACUGUUUGACGCUUUUCAGAGCAACACAGACGGAGAUCCACAGGAGCGCAAACUGGACUUUGUGGUAAAAAUCCUCCAGGCCACCGGUCUCCCCCGCCACCUCUCUAACUUUGUCUUCUGCCAGUAUCACUUUUGGGGGCAAGAGGAGCCCAUCUUCAUCGCCCCGGAGAUGGCGUCGUCCAACUCUUCAUCCGCCUCCAAAGACCCUCAGUGCACUGUGGUCUUUGACAGCGCCAAGGAGUUGUCGUUGUCAGUGUCGGAGGACUUUGUGGAGUUUGUCUCUGAAGGGGCGGUGGCCAUUGAAGUGUACGGCCACAAACAGGCCAACCAUCGCAGGAACCUGGCACUGUGGGACCUCGGAGUGAUUCAGGCAAAGACCCGAUCCCUCAGAGAGAGGUGGAGCGAGGUGACCCGCCGGCUGGAGUUGUGGGUGCAGCUGAUGGAGCUGAACGAGGCGGGGGAGUUCACAGCUGUGGAGGUGCUUCCUGCCAAGGACGUACGCACUGGAGGAAUCUUUCAGCUCAGACAGGGUCAGUCCCGUCGGGUCCAGGUGGAGGUGCGUUCGGUGGCAGACUCAGGCACCAUGCCACUAAUCACUGCCUCCAUCCUCUCUGUGUCCAUCGGAGACGUCAAGGUUCAGCAGGCGCGCCUCUCCAAAGGAAGCGAAUCACAAUGGGGUGCAGAUGAAGACAUGGACAGCUACCAAGAGGUAGACUUGGAGAGGAUGCGGGAACAGUGGCUGGUCAUACUCACUCAGAGACAGGAGUAUCUGGACCAGCAGCUACAGAAGAUAGUAUCCAAACCAGAUAAAUCAGAGGACGAUGUUGAGAGGGAGUCUCAGCUGCUGGAGUGUCGACUGACCCUCACCGAAGAGCGCAACGCUGUCCUGGUGCCGUCAGCUGGCAGUGGCAUCCCUGGAGCACCAGUAGAGAGGGUUCCUGUCCCUGGAAUGGAAACACACAUUCCUGUCCUAUUCCUGGAUCUCAGUGCUGACGAUUUUCAGGCCAGCCUUUCAGCCCCACUGGCCGGGGGGCUGGAUGCAUUUCUUGAAGGCGAGGAUGAAGAUGAAUACUUUGAUCUUCAAAUGGUCAAACACUACGAUCCAGAGGUGAAGGUGGAGGCGUCCUGGGACUCAACAGUCCACGAGUGCACCCAGCUGAGUCGUGUGUCGCCGGCUGACCAGAGGGUCUACCUGUCGGUCCGCGCAGUGGUAGAGCUGACCCACCCGGCCCACAUGCAGCUGGUCCUCAGGAAACGCAUCUGUGUUAAUGUCACUGGAAGACAGGGUUUUGCCCAGAGUCUGCUGAAGAGGAUGUCCCAGCGCAGCACCAUCCCCGGCUGCGGAGUCACCUUUGAAAUCGUCUCUAACAUACCAGGCGACAUCCACGGUCCAGAGGACAGAGAGAUGCUGGCCCGGCUGGCCGCCAGCACCGAGGACGACCAGUCAGCUGACAGUGAGGCAGCCAUAGAGAAAUACCUACGCAGCGUCCUGGCUGUGGAGAACGUCCUCACUCUGGACCGACUCAGACAGGAGGUGGCUGUGAGGGAACAGCUGGCAGUCAGAGGGAAAGCUAACAGACGCUGCAUCAGCUCUCCAAACAUCAACCGGCUGUCAGCCAGCAGUCUGGAUCUCUACUCCUCCAAUCAUAAGCUCAAUGACUUCAAGGGCUGGGAUAGCCACCAGGAUCUGUCUGUGGCGCCUCCUCCAUCCAGACGUACACUGCCCAGCUCCAUCUCCCAGAACCUGAGCCCUGAGACAGUGAAGGCCAUGCCCAAGCUGCUGAAGUCGCUGCUUCCUGGUGGGAAGGAAGAUAUUAGAGACCAGACAGCUGUCCAUCAGCAGAGUUUGCCUCGUAUCAUGGUGCAGUCAGCCAGUGUUGAAGAGGGCAUGAGCAAACAACAGCAGCCUGUUCCUAUUGAGGAAAUCAUCCCUCCCAACAUCCUAACAGAGAGCCCCAGAUCCGUCGUCAUUCCCCCGCCAAUUAUCCCAGAGACCGAAGACUCUACCCCCAGCCCGGUGAGCGAAGCAUCCAGCGGAUACAUGUCUACCAGUAUAUCUACGACGACGCUGUCAGAUGUCUACACGCUGAGCUGGGACCUGCCUGCAUCAUCCGGCUGCAGAGUUGACAGCUUUGAGUCUGUGCCAAACGAAGAGGAAGAGGAAAAUAAAAAGACGCAAGAGUUCUCACCUCUGCCUGUUACCUCACACUCCCACGCUGGCCUUGAAUCUCCUUUUGCAGACCAAUCAGAACCUCUGGAGUCAUCGCAGGUUUUGAACAGUGAGGCAGAUGCAGAAGUAAAUGACUUACCACAGUCCAAACCAAACGAUACUCCAUCUGAUUCUAAUCAGAUUCCACAAGAAACAAAUCAGUCUGCGUCGGUCCAGUUGAAGGAGCUAGAAGAGCCUGAUCCAGUUGCAGAAUCAGACUUACCCGACCAGCCCGGACAAAAGCAAGACACAACGACUGACCAUGUUAAAUCAGAGCAAUUAGACAUUUCAGAGCCACUCAAAGAUCUAUCGUUGGUACAAGAGAAUGAAACCAAACAGACAGAAUUACUGCAAACUGACAACUCAAAACCAGAAACCGCUAUGAUAGAAGAUUUUAAGCUGGAUGCCACAGACGAGAUAGAAUCUGAACUACCAAUCAACAAUGAAACACAACCAUCCACACAAGAAGAAGGUCAAAGUCAGUUGGAAACCAUUGUCCCACAGCCACAACCGCCCCAACAAGACCAAACUACUUUGGACAGUGCUGAAGAUACUGCUGAAAACCAGAUCCCAGUUCUGUCUGAAGUCUCUACAACUGCUCCUGUGCCAUCUGGAGAUUCAGUUCUUCAAGCUCCAUCCAAGGAACAAUCCCCUUCUGAGGCCUCAGACCGAGAUGGUGCCUCUACCCCGACUUCAUCUUCAGCCACAGAUGAAGUCCAACAGGAAGCAACUGUUGGCGCUUCUACCAAAGAUGCUGCAGCUCCAGCUUCUUCUCCGUCUAACGCUCAGCCUUCCAAACCUGCUCCAUCAGCGGUCAACCCUUUCAAGAUCCAGAAAGUAAAGUCAUCUGACCUUAAGUCCUUUCAACGUAUCCUAGGCGAGGAGGAGGAGAUUGCUGGGCAGGUGGGGUGGGCCAGCAGCGUUGGGGCAGGACUCAACCUCUCUGUGCCAAUGGAAAGCCUGGAAAUCAUCUCAGACUCUGAAGGAGAUGCAGCUGCUACGACCGUUCUUCCUGACUGGUUGAAAGAAGGGGAGUUUGUGACUGUUGGGACCAAUAAAAGCGGCAUCGUCCGUUACGUGGGACCCACAGAUUUUGCAGAGGGUAUCUGGGUGGGAGUGGAACUGGAGGUACCAGCAGGAAAGAACGAUGGCUCUGUCAAUGGAAAGCACUACUUCCACUGUAACCCUGGUUAUGGGGUCCUGGUAAGGCCAGACAGGUUGAGCAGAGGCGGUGUCAAACGUCGUCGCCAGCAGCAACAACAUAAGCGCCGCAGUGCCAAUUUAUCUGGAUCCAGCCCAAACCUGGCAGCACUUACCGCUCUGGCUAAAGGCGAAGGUGGAGGGGCAUCGCUAGGCCGCAGCAAAGGAGAGAACCGCAAGUCCUGGAACACUUGAGAAGCAUGGUCUCUGAUUAAUGGGCAACUGCUGGAUAACAGGUCUGCUGUCACCCCAUUAUGUGAUUAUAGGGUAAGCUUUCAGAAAGGGUGACAAUUCACUGAAGCUGGUACAAUUUUCACUUCACACUCUUCCUGGUGGGAGAGGGGAAACUUCUCAUCAUGUGUUUAUCACUCAUCAUCUACUAGAGGCUUUAUUAUUCCCACAUGGUGUACCUAGUAUUUGAAAACUACAGAGAAAUAUUGAAUGUUGUAUCGGAAAAUGUGAAUGUUUUUAGGUCUAUAGAUGCAGACAACCACCAUUUCUCUUCAAUGAAUUUCAAUUAUGCCAAUGUUUUUAAAGGGUGAAUGGUCUCAUUGUAGAUUACAAUCAAAAUACUGCCUCAAAAUCAGCACAUUUUGUCCCCAUCAAUAUUUUAUGCUACUUGCCAAGCAGGAGUACAGUGGGGUCAAAUAUUAAUAAUAAAAGAAAUCACUGGAUUAUGUUGUCAGACUCCAAAGGUGGCACAUCACUUUCAAGCACUCAUACAUCUACUGUUAAAAAUGUUAUGCAGCUGCAUUUUUGAGUCUCAUAAAUUACUUUAAACCUUUUUGUAAUGAUUGGAUGCUGGUAUUUUAUUCUUGUGCCUUCAAAAUAUUAUGACUACUACUCGAGCGAAUGUGCCUUAGUGAUAAGUUAGCACAUUUUCACCUGUGUUGUAUUAGUUGAAAACUGCUCAUGACCCGUUUUUUAAAAGGAGCUUAUUGUAGCUCUUGAAUGUGUAUUUCUACUGUUUUAGAAACAAACUUGCACUCUUGUUUUUUUCUGACAAAUUCCACUGAAAUCUUGCAAUAUUUUUUAAUCAGCUUUGUCUUCAAGUGUGUCAGCAUUGAUUGAGGUGAAGAUGUGUUUGUUUGUGUUUCUCUCCAUGAGUGCGUUUUUGGAUUAUACUGCAUGUAUGGGCAACUGUUGAUUUUUUUUUUUUUUUUUUGUAUGUGAUCAGGAUACUUGAGGGAUUUUGUUUGUUGUAACACAUUUAGUAUUAAUUUGUUUGGUAAGAUUUUAUACUUGUAUAUUCAAGAUAAUUUUUGACUGCCUGAAUGCUUAUUUAUUUAAAAGACAGGAUAUUGUUGACA